UGGACUGGCAGCUGGUUGUAGUGUACGGUCCGCAGGAGAAACAAGAGAAGUUAGAUUUCUUGAGGGAACUUUAUACGUUUUGGCAACAGCAGUCGAUGCCGGUGUGUAUUGCGGGGGACUUCAAUUUGGUCAGAUGCCACAACGAUUAUGUUGGUUCGAGACGUAACUCAGAGCUGAUGGGGGAGUUCAACUCUUUCAUUGAAGGGAAUGGGCUCGUUGAUCUUCCUCUUGGUGGUUGCAAGUUUACAUGGAGUCAUGGGUCGAAUAGUAGGUUACUCUCGCGGAUUGAUAGAGUGCUGAUCUCUCAGGAGUUCGAUCGGUUGUACCCGGACUGUGUGUUGAUGGCUAUGGAGGGUAUCGAAUCAGAUCAUAACCUCCUUGUACUGAAGUGGGGUGAUAACAAGCAAGUCAAAAGGCCAUGGCGUUUUCAGAAUAUGUGGCUGGAAGACCCAAGAUUUUUCCAAGAACUAGUCAACUGGUUGGGAAAAAACGUUCAGGGGUCAGGAGAUAUCUUCUUAUUUGCAAGAAAGCUGCACUUGAUUAAAGCUAAACUGAAAGUCUGGAAUAAAGAAGUUUUCGGAAAUAUUGAUAAAAGGGUUGAAGAUCUACUAUGUAAAAUCAAGGAGUUGGAUAGGGCCGAAGAGGAUAGAAUUCUGCAGGAUGGGGAAAAAGAAGAAAGAGAUAAGUUGGAACUUGAUCUGAAGAGGGAUAUUUUUCUCCAAGAGAUUUGCUGGAGGCAAAAAUCCAGAGAAGUUUGGGUAAAGUUAGGAGAUAAGAACAAUGGUUAUUUCCAUCAAAUGGCGAACUACAAACGUAAGGUUAACAGGGUGGAGAAGCUUAAGAUUGAGGGGAGGACAGUGGAUGAUUCGGGGGGGGGGGGGGGGGGGGGGGGGGGGGGGCGGUUGCUACCGGGAUUGUUCGGUUCUACCAGAAUCUAUUCAAAGAAGAUAUGGUUUCUCGGCCGUUCCCUUGUUGGGUUUGGGAGCACCAUCUCGAUGACUCGGAUAGAUCUUUGCUUUGCAGAGAGUUUUCGGAGGAGGAGAUUUGGAAGGCGCUUAGGGAUUGCGACGGCAGUAAGGCCCCGGGACCCGACGGAUUUACAUUGGAAUUUGGAAUUCUACAAACGGGGGUGGGGAUGGUUGAAAGGUGAAGUUCUGAAGGUCUUCAAGGAGUUCCAUGAUACAGGUGCCCUCCCAAAGUGCGUCUCUCAUUCUUUCGUUUGCCUGGCUCCAAAGAAAGACGUGGUUGAAGAGAUCAAAGAUCUUCGUCCGAUAAAUCUGAUCGGUAGUGUCAAUAAAUUGAUCAACAAGGUUCUAUCGAAGAGAUUGGGGGUUGUACUUCCAAAGCUUAUUUCAAAACAACAACACUCUUCAGUAAAAGGGAGGCAAAUUGCGGAGGCGGGACUCAUUGCGAAUGAGGUGGUAGAGAGCAGGAGGAAGAGCAGAAAACCUGGUCUCAUGUUCAAGCUCGAUAUCGAAAAAGCUUUCGAUAAUGUUAACUGGGGGUGUCUUUUGAAGAUUAUGGAGUCGAUGGGAUUUCCGGAAUGUUGGAGGAGAUGGGUGAAAGGCUCGAUGUUCGAUUAUAAUGUUUCCAUCCUCGUCAACGGAGAAGCUAACGGUUACUUCCCGGUCUCCAAAGGUCUUCGCCAAGGGGACCCUUUAUCCCCAGGUUUGUUCGUGAUGGUGAUGGAUGUCCUUUCCACGAUGCUGGAUAAAGUGAGAGCUAGUGGGAAGUUCGAAGGUUUCUAUAUGGACGAGGGUAAGAAGUUAGGGGAAGUGACACACCUGCUUUACGCUGACGACACCUUAAUUUUCUGCGAUGCAAAUCAUGACCAGGUGCUGAACAUCCUUGCUACUAUAGUGAUUUUUCAAUCGGUGACUGGUUUGAGGAUUAAUUUGGAUAAGUCCGUCAUGUAUACGGUGGGGGACGUAGCAGAACCGAGUUAUUUUGCAGCCAUUUUCGGGUGUAAGUGGAGUAGUGACGCUCCGAAGUAUCUUGGCUACCCUCUUGGCUCGAAACCGAAUGAUAGAUCGGUUUGGGAUAGAAUAGUUGAAAGAUACCAAAAUAGACUUAGCGGAUGGGGAAGCAGGAACUUGUCGUCUGGGGCGAGGCUAGUUUUAAUUAAUGCGGUCCUCUCUGGUUCUCCAACUUAUCUAUUUUCACUAUUCAAGGCUCCGAAGCCAGUUGUUAAGGAUCUUGAAAGGUACCAAAGAAGAUUUCUUUGGAGCGGGAAGUCGGAGGGUAAUAAGAUGGCCUUGAUGGAAUGGAAGUUAUGUAAGACGCCGGUUAAGAAGGGAGGUCUUGGAAUACAUGAUUUGGAGCUAUUCAAUGACGCCAUGCUCUCAAAAUGGCUAUGGAGAUUCGCAACAGAGAGAGGAAGUUGGUGGCGCGGAUUGAUUAAUUACAAAUAUCCGAAUGAAGUCUCCUGCUGGCAGACCAAGAGGGUAAGAAGUGGUUUCUCCAAGUCUGUUUGGGCUAACAUCAGUAAAGAAUAUGAUCAAUUCUGGAAUUUUGCUGCGAUUGACCCGGGGAACGGUACUCAAGUCUCCUUUUGGCACGACCGUUGGAUCCCUGGGAUUGUGCUGGCUGCUUCGUUUCCUCGCGUCGCCGCUGCUGUCCUUGACCCUGAAGCUCUUCUAUCCGACACUGCGAACAUCCAUGGUGAUUUGGUGAGUUGGAAUCUUGAUUUCAAAUAUGAUUUGAGGGGUGGGGCAGCAAGGGAGAGGGAUAAUCUUAUGAAUCUGUUAAACUCUGUGAAUUUGGCAUUUUCUUCUCAUAGUCCGUGCAGGAUCACUUGGAAACAAGAGGCAAGCUCGAAUUUCUCGGUGAGAUCAUUAUAUAGGGAGCUGGCAGGCAUUCGUUCAAGAGAUAUAGAAGAUUUCCCUGUGGAAAAAGUUUGGGUCUCGUGGAUUCCGAGUAAAAUCUGCUACUUCAUAUGGCUGGUUUACCACAAUAGAGUGCUAACUCUAGACAAUUUGAAGAAGAGAGGUUGGUGUUUAGCGAAUAAAUGUGUUCUCUGUAUGAAGGACGAGGAGUCUGUCCAUCACAUGCUUGUGGAAUGCGAAUACGUUAGGAACAUAUGGAGUAUGAUAUUCUGCAGGAGGAGUGGGACACCGAGAUGGAAUGGUGAGAUCGUUCAAAUUAUAGCAAACUGGCCAUCUGCAGAUGGAGAUGAAAUUGAGAAGUGGUUCGAUGGAUGCAUUUUACAUUCCAUUUGGUGGGCUGUGUGGCUCGAGAGGAACCAGAGGACGUUCGAGGAUAAAGCAACAUCCAUGAUGGUGGUGGGAAAAAAGGCGGCGAGGAAGGCCCUAGAAUGGAUGGUGGUAAACGGGAAGGUGCAGAAAGCAGAGGGAAGGAGAUGGCUGUCAGAGAAGGACUUAGUUUAGUAACGGAUUAGUGAGGAGGAUGUGGGUUCUGGAUUCUCGUGUAUGUAUACGGCUGUUUCAGGGGAUCGCGCGGCUCAUCGGGGAUGAAGGAAGUUGCUAGAUCCCUUCUUAUUGGGUUUUUCCCGGCGGAGAGUUGGUGCGAUGCUGUUUCCGGUGGCUGCGCGAGGGAUUUGCUUGUUCUUUAACUGUUUCCUGUGGCUGCGCGGAAUCUUUGUUGUCGUUACUGCUUGAUGCGGUGGGGGAAAGUAUUUGGUUUUCGCGGGCUGAGGUGUUUAGGGGGUGAGCUUAAGGAUGGACGGGAGGUGAUUUGAGUGUCCGUUGUGGGGGCUGUCUUUUGCUGGGGAUUUCUUGUUGCGUUUCGUUUCGUUUUUUUUUUUUCUUCUUUUUAUCUCUGUUGACUUGUUUACUUUCUCUCUGAACUGCUUAGGAUCAUCUCUCUUGAUCCUGUUUCCUUGUGUACAGCUGUUCUCUUUUCUAAUAAAGCUUCACCAUUAUC